AUGGGCGGCGGGGGGUGCAACAGCGGCCGGCUUUUCUCGGUCUACCCGGAGGAGCUCGUUUUCGAACGUAAGCCUCCUCCUUCUUCUUCCUUCUCCUCCUCCUCCUCCUCCUCCUCCUCCUCCUCCUAUGUCUUCUUCUUUUCUCCACCAGGCUCCAAGAUCCUCCUCUCCCUUGCGUUUCUGUCGUUGUUUCGCCGUGUUUCCGAAGGGUGAAUGUGAGGGGGGCCACAUGAACCAGCAUACGACCUGGUUUACUAAUUCCUAGAUGUUUCCAUAUCUUCUGACUGGUACCCAGUUCAGGAUUCCUAGUGCUCUGAUCUGGGUCGGUUUCCUUUUGUCGAUAUCGUAUCGUAACCUCCUCACUUACAUCACAUUUUCUCCUUUGGUAAUGAACCCAUUACCGUACUGUGAACAUGGUCUUUUCCCCGGACGAGUCACUGACUACCAGGACCUGGUUUUACCGUUUCCUGGUCAUUUCAAUCUCCUCUGACCUCUACCCAUCCAAGAUUCCCUAGGUUCUAGACUGGGCCUGAGUCUCCCCCCCCCCCCCCCCCCCCCGAAUCAGAUCAUCAGAUCAUAUUAUCUUCAUUUACGUCACAUUUCCCUUGAUGGCCACGAAAUGCAAUUAUGGCCUUCUCUCCCACAGCGGAGCUCGGAAAGGCAUGCUUCUGCGACAUCAAGUUGAUCAACACCACCAAGCACCACGUUGCAUUCAAGGUUUGCCCUUUCCCGUCUGAGAAAAUUUGGACCUUGAUUCGCCAAACAGGUGAAAAAUUCUAUUUUUUUUUCUCUUCAACCGUAUAAACUCUGCAGGUGAAGACAACGGCUCCAAGGAAGUACUUUGUGAGACCCAACAAGGGAGUGGUGCAGCCAUGGGACUCCCAAACCAUCACAAGUACCACAUGAAUUUCUCGACAAGUUCUUCGUCAUGAUUUUCUUAAUCAACCAAUAUGAAACUAUUUAAUGAGUAUGAGGUAAUUAUAAUCUUCAGUAACUCAUCAAGCCCUAAAGCAAUAUCCCGAAGACAAGAGAUCAAUGGACAAGUUUCUCAUUCAGAGCACAAUUGUGCCCGCCACAACCGACUUUGAUGAGCUCCCACAGGACAUAGUGAGAUUUCUUCUCUUUUUCUUCUUCAAGCCUCACUUUCUUGGCAAAACUGGAAAAUAUCUCCCAUUUUUCUUAUGCAACAGUUCACUGAAGAUGACGGUCGACAAAUAGAAGAACAGAAGCUUGGAGUGGUGUACACAGCAGCCGCUGAAAGAUUGGAACAAGAAGACGAACCCUUCGGCAUGACUCAGAUGCAUGUGGGUUCAUGAGUUUUUUGACAUUAAUCUUUAUCAGCCCAGAGCUUCUUUAAGUUGAAUUUUUUUUUCUUGAAUGAACAAAGCUUCAACUGCUUAACAGAGUCGAUGAGGGCUUGAAAAAUAGUCAUUGUUCCGGUUUCAUACUCAUAUUUCUUGGAUGUAAUCUGGUGUAUGUUCUAUCACCAUUUCCUCUUGUCUGUGUGUGUGUGUGUGUGUGUGUAUGAGAGAGAGAGAGAGAGAGAGAGAGAGAGAGAGAGAGAGAGAGAGAGAGAGAGAGACCCAAGAAUAUCCUACUAUUCCAAUUUAUUUUGUUCCGACUGUGUGGCACUCGUCUUUGUUUUUGCUUUUUGCUGAAAGGCCUACUUUCUUGAGAGUUACAUAGUGAUCUAUUCAUCCUUGGUCUUAGUGUUCUAGUUAACUCUAAAUCCAGUUGCCAUAUAGUGGAUGUUAUUUCUAAUUAAGACUCUAAGGACGGGACGGGUAUUUACUCUAAACCUUGUUAGCUUUGAAAAUCUUGGUUCUUGAUGUGGGUAUUUCUUCAUGUAGGUCCAAUUGGAACGUCGGCUAAGGGAAGAACUAGAUGCUGCUCUUCGGCAAAAUCAACAAUUGAGAAGAGAAUUGGUAAGGAAAACUUGAAAUUGCAAGGGUCACAACACAAAGGAAGAUACAAAGUGUUCUUGAGAACAAAUAGUUCCCAUAAUUACCUUGAAGUAGCUUUAAGCCCCUAUAUACAUCUUGAAAACCAAACUAGUUGAAUUCCCUAGUCAUGUAAAAUUUAUGAAGCACAUUUCUUAGUAUUAUAUUCUUCUAAACAACCCAAAUUAGUUUUUAGGACCCUUUUUUCUCCUACCACAUUUAGCUCCCUAGGAAUGUGCAGAUUCUCACCUAUAGAAUCAUGGAAAUGAGAUUGAUUCGAUAUGAUAAUUUAUUAUGAAAAUAACUUAUGGUCUUAUUUAUAACUUAGUUCUUUGAUGAAUUGACACAUGUUGUCAUGAGUUUGUGCCAUCAUGCCUUGAUUUCUAAGAUCAUGCCAUGUACUUGCAGGAUAGUGUGAGGACAGCUCGUCGAAGGAAAGGAGGUUUCUCAUUGGCAUUUGCAGUCUUUGUUGCUUGCAUUAGCUUGCUGCUGGGUUUCAUCUUGAACCUUCUAUCAACCUAA